AUGUGCCCCCAACACGAGGACUCGGACCCACCCGGCUGCAGGGUUCCUGGUGUCUACACGGCCUGCUCCCCCCACGAUGCAGCGGGUUCAGACCCACCCGGUCAUGGGCACCGGUCUCAUGGCUGCAGGGCCCUGGGCCUGCAUCAAUCCCCCAUCAGGACCGGCCCGCCCCUGGGGCCACUGGGUCUGUGGUUCCCCUGCUCGCCUUCUGGUCCUGAGGGCUGGGAGGAUCACACGGACGCCAAGCCGCCCGGGCUCCCUCCUGCGUUUGCAGAGCCGCUUGCCACACCCCGCGGGCCCAAGGAGACGCGGCCUCAGGGAGAGCAGGGACCCGGGGCCGGCAGGGCCCGCUGCCCGCGGAGUGGGGGCCACAGGCUCAGGGGCUCGGGGCUCCGGCCCAGCCCCCAGGGCCCCGGGCUCAGGAGGGCUGCCCUGCCCUGCCCCUGCCCGAACAGCCACGGGGCUCCAAGGGGGCUGCAGAGGGAGCGACACCCAGGAGCCAGGGGGCUCAAGUGCUUGCGGCAGGAGGCGGGUGACGUGGGGGCCACCGGCCAGCAGGCCCCGGGCUGCGUGAGGCGCGUCAUCCCGAGGGCCCCGUCUGGGGGAGCCGCCGGCCCAGGGCCAGGUGACGAGGGUGCCCUGGCGCAGGGGGGCCAUCGCCCCCAGCAGAGCCACAGCCAGGGCCCCGGGGGCCGGGGACACUGGAGGCGCGUGCUGGGCAAGGCUGCAGCAGCACCCGGGAUUCCACGAGUGUCCAAGAGGCGUGAGAGCCGCCAGGAGGUGCCCACUGGGUCCGAGGAGCUGCCCAGCCGGCCCUGUCACUGCAGGCGGGCGCCAAGGACCUGGCUGGACGAGCAGCACGGGUGGGGGCCGGGCACUGUGGCCCUGGGGCCCGGGGGGGCACUCGGGGGCACGGCCCACCUGCCUUCCCACCAGGCGAGCACCGGGCCAGGAGGCACCAUGUGCACAGAGGAGCCCACGGCCCGAGGCCGGUGUGGUGACCCCAACCCGCAGGCCCCGGGACCCCAGCAGAGCCAACCCAUGCAGCUCCCCGUGCUGCCACCACCUGCACCCCAGCCCAGCGAGCCCAGUGUCCCUCCCCCACCUGCAAGGACCCCGGGACCCUUCUCGGCAUGA